GGGGAAGAUGGCGGCAGCGCUGAGCUUCGCUCGCUGCAUCGUCCGUCCAGGGCUGCUGCCCCUCUGCAGCCGUGUGUGGGGCAGCGGCGCCCGCGAGCGCGCCGGCCUCCCGCCCGCCCAGCGCAGAGCCUUCAGCAACAACAAGAUGCUGGUGGAGCUGGACGAGGGCUCAGGCGUCGCCACAGUGAAGUUUAAGAGCCCUCCUGUCAACAGCCUCAGCCUGGAUUUCCUGACUGAGUUAUCCAUAGGCUUGGAGAAGCUGGAGAACAACCGGGGCUGCCGGGCCGUGAUCUUCACAUCCGCCAUCCCCAAAAUCUUCUCUGCUGGCCUGGACAUCACCGAGAUGUGUGGGAAGAGCACGGAGCAUUACGCCGAGUUCUGGAGAGCUGUGCAGAAUAUCUGGCUCCGGCUCUACGGCUCCAACAUGGUGACAGUCGCUGCAAUCAAUGGAUCCAGCCCAGCAGGAAGCUGUCUCCUUGCCUUGUCGUGUGACUACAGAAUCAUGGCUGACAACCCCAAAUUCGUCAUUGGCCUGAACGAAUCACAGCUGGGCAUUGUGGCUCCCUUCUGGUUUAAGGACACGUUUGUGAACGUUGUGGGACACCGAAUUGCUGAACGUUCCCUUCAGCUGGGCAGCCUUCACUCUGCACCUGAAGCCCUGCAGCUUGGCAUUGUGGACGAGCUGGUGCCCGAGGAGAAGCUCCAGGACAAGGCUGCCGCUGUUGUAGCGCAGUGGCUGGCUCUGCCCGACCAUGCCCGUCAGAUCACCAAGUCUAUGAUGAGGAAGUCGGUGCUGGACCGCCUGUUGACUCACCAGGAAGAGGACGUUCAGAACUUUGUCGGCUUUAUUUCUAAAGAGUCCAUCCAGAAGUCGCUUCGCAUGUAUAUGGAGAUGCUGAAGAAGAGGAAGGGCUGAAGAGCCAGACAUCCCAGGCCUGGUAGCAGGAGCUUGUGUGACCCACUGAAGUGCUGCAACAGCUGUAGCCUCUUACAGGGAAGCGCUCUGCACUGCCAACAACCAGCAAGGUGUUGCCUGCUCCUGUGGCUGCCCUCGUCACCCCUUCCCCUUCGUACCCUACCUGUGCCUGACACCACUGCUGCCUUUCCUGAGAGCAGGGGAACUGCUUGCUCAGCCCACCUGAGGAGCAGAGAGGGGAGAGCAUCCGAUACCGCUGUGUCCUGAGCCCACAGAUCUUGGAUAACCUCYCUCCUUUCCAACACCUCGUUGUGAAAAGGAGAUUUGUCAAUAAAGCCAUUUUUUGA